UUGAAAGAGCGCAUGCGCAAGUGUCAGCUGAUUGGCCGUAGUUUCAGUCACGUGAAGCAAAAACAGGAAGUAGACUUUUUUGUUGUAUUUUUGCAGUUAGAGAAAUUCAUUUCUAAACGGACGUACAAUGUAAAUGUUAAUUUAAGUUUUUUCAUUUAUUGGAACUUGAUAAUUUUCCUUCACUUGGACAAAUGAGUCUACGCGCUUUGUGGAUUAUUUCUCCCGAAAAGGGAGAGCAUGCCUCAAUACGUUUUUCAAGGAGGUUUGCUACUGUGGAGCUCCGUGCCAAGAGGCUGGCAGGCUCCUCAUAUGUCGCAGUCCCGGAGGAUGAUUGUUUCCUGCAGCUUCUGCUCACUGAGUUGGGGCUUUCUGGAUCAAAACAGCCCUUUGUAGUCAAGAGAGAUGAUUGUCUCUAUCGUCCACGGUCUCCAGCCGUGGAGCUGCACGUCACUGGUGCUGGAAAGGGUACACUGUGGCCAGUGCUGGCCAUCUCUCAAGCUCCUCUCAUACUGGCUUGCCUUCCUCUAGUUGAUGCCUCUCCUGAGCAGCGGCCACCACUGUCCAGCCUGCUGUCAGUGUCACAAGGACUCAGCUUCCUAGCAGGACUGCAGACCUUCCUCCUUGCCCCAGGAAGUAAACAGGAUGGCGAGGGGUUGGUCUCUCGCCUGGCGCUGUUACCGUCUGUCCUCCUGCAGGUUUGUCCACUCGGCACACCCCUUGAGCUUCCUCUAUCAGGGACCCUUGCCACGCCAUCAGCACCCACCUCUGCUGGGAUUCAGAAGCAGCCAGCCUGGAGGACAGGUCUGCACCGCGGUCGAGCUGUCGUGAACGUAUCGGUAGCAGAAACGGUGCGUUCCAUGCAGUAUGGGAAUCGGAGCCGGCAGGAUCUAUGGGACGUUUAUGGCACUGUAGCAUGCAAAUGUGAAGUGGAGGGUGUGCUCCCAAAUGUGACGGUGACCCUCUCACUGCCACCAAACGGUUCUCCGCUGCAGGACAUCCUCGUCCAUCCCUGUGUCACCUCACUAGACUCCAGUGUCCUGACUGCCAGCAGUGUGGACAGCUGUGAUGGAUCAGCGUUCUCCGGACCAUAUAAAUUCCCCUUCUCCCCUCCUUUGGAGCCUUUCAUUCUAUGCAGCUAUACUUCUCAGGUUCCAGUUCCUCCCAUCCUUGGUUCAUAUCAGUUGAAGGAAGAGGAGAGUCAGCUUCAUGUGUCAGUAGUCCUCAAACUUCAUGAGAGCGUGAAGAACAGCUUUGAGUACUGUGAAGCACAUCUGCCUUUUUAUAACAGGGAUCAGAUGGGAGUCGUGGAUGUCAAGGUAAGCUCUGGGCAGCUCGAUGUGUCAAAAGAAAAGAAUCUUCUGGUCUGGGCUCUGGGGCAAAAGUUCCCUAAGAGUCGUGAAGUUACAAUGGAGGGUAAGAUCCUGUUUUCUGGGACGGCACCAGGACCUUCUGAGCCCCUCUGCACUGGACUUACUGCUUAUAUCAAGCUGUAUUUCAAAGUGCCUGAUACGACUCUGUCUGGCUGCUCUGUGGACCAGCAUUCAGUCCAAGUUUAUUCUUCUGCCAAGCCUCGGAUUGUAACAUCUCGAGAACUCCACUCCAAAGACUACCGGAUUUGGAACUCGACAGGUACUGCCCCGGUGUCGUCGGGUCAGAUGAUUCUGUGAGGAGAUGCUUGGAGGGAAACUGCACCACCAUUCUGCCUUCAAGUUUCACGAUCACAAACACAAAAGUCCCCUCCUGCCCCCCUGUUGUUCCAACAGUCCCACUUGAGUGACUCCAUAUCAGCCAGAUAAUGAGCAGCUGGGACCUUGUCAUCAGCUGAUGCGGGCCUGGAGUGGAGGGGCGGCUGAGCUGUAAAAGGGCCUUCUGCCCCUGUGCUGCCUACAAAAGGCCUCUCUUGAGCCGCUGGAACCCCACAUCAGUGGUUGGCCCCCGCCUCCUUUUGAUCCUCAUUCCUGGCCUGUCAGCUAGUGGCCCGUUCAAACCCGCAGCCCUCUCCAGCCAGGCUGAUGGAGCGCUGACCCCCGCGCCCUCUGAGGCUUAAAAGCAUGCAGUCCUGCUCUGUGACAUGGGCCUGACUAAUGAGUGGAGUCACAAGGAUGGUUGCUGUUUCGUGGCGCUUUAACUUAGUUAACUUUCAAUCACAAGAUUUAAAGCCGUUCACAGAGAUCGUUUCAGUCCUUUGUUUUGUGACUCACAGAGAAGUUACUCAAGCAUCCCACUCUGACAUUUCUGCUACUCUAGCUGCACCUCAGCGUGUUCAAUUACUGGCUGAUGAAGGGUUAAAUCAAAGGCAAACAUGCUCUACUCUUGCACAUAUUCGUCAGCAGCCAGACUCCUCUGAGUGGCUUUAUUGUCUGCCGUUGGCCUCUUGUGCCCCUUGCCGGUCCAAAUGCUACAUUCUCACGUGGAUUUCCACUCAAAAGGCUGACCAUGACCAAUCCUCUGUCAAUUGGAACCAAUUGCUCACACGGCAUCCUUCACCUUCUUUUCAUGUGGCAGCAGUGAGUGGCAGACAUCGAGACCUCUCCGCUCUACUCCUGCAUGAUGAUUUGGCUUUAAGGUCCAAUGUGUGUGGUUAGCGAACC